GCCAACACCGAGAGAUCGUUACCUUAGAAAACAUUGAAAAUGGCAGUGAGUUCCAGUGAAGAAGAUGAAUACAUAGACAUGGAAAUCGCUUCAUUUUCUAACUUCUUCAGCAAUCCCAGAAAUUCAAGGGAGUUUGAGUUCCAAAUGUCUUCACUUUCCAUGGAGAGGCAGCCCACAACUUCUCCAGCUGAUCAGCUCUUCUACAAAGGCAAGCUUCUUCCCCUCUUGGAAAUCCCGGGUUUUGAGUCGGUUCGCGACGGCAAAAAUGGCAUUUUCGAAGAAUUCUACGGCACCCCAUUGGCCACUACUACCGUCACCACGCCGACUACGACGAGUACUCCGUUUGAAUCAUGUAAUAUCUCGCCUCGUGAGUCAUGUUCGGUUAGUAGGGAGUUGAAUCCGGUCGAUUACUCGACCGAGAUGGAUGUAAGCCGAUGUGUCGGAGAUGUCGAGAACCCGAAGAAGUCUUGGACCAAAAAGCUUAAGUUGACCUCGAGGCUGAAGGCCUCCAGGUCUUAUCUCAAAGCUUUUUUCGGGAAAUCCGGAUGCUCGAACGAGUCAUCCGCAGUAGUGAAAGAUGGCAAUAAAGCGUCGAUUCCGAUUCCGAAACCGAAACAAAGUCAAUUGGGACUAAUCGAUCAGGAUAAUGGGAGGAAGUUGGCCGAUUAUGGGCACAGGAGGUCAUUUUCGAUGGCGAUCAAACGAUUUUCUUCAACAAACAAGUCCUGGACUUCAUCAUCGUCUUCUUCUUCGUCCACAAAUUCGAACGGUUUCCAGCACCGCAAUUUCUUAGACGGAGCAGCAGUGUGAACGCCGAGAUCGAGAGUCCGAUGCAGGGGGGCAUUGCACAUUGCGAGCGGUCUCAAAUGAGGUCAUAAAGAAGUCUUGGUGAUGGCUUAUAGUCAUUGUCAGUUUCCAAUGUUGCAUUUUCCGAAGGUAGGCCGGACCUUUGGUGGGGCUGAAUAUUAUAACAAUAAUUAAAUGAAAAUUUUAAUCCAUUUUUAUCAAUCUGGGACGGGCAAUGAGACAUCUACUUUCGUAUUAUCUACUCACAGGAAAAUAUAGAGACUUAAGA